AUGUACUCAGCCCGAGCCGAUAUUCCGAACUUCCCCUUCCAGCGUGCGUCCGGUCUGGAACCUCCCGCAGAGUUCGCGCGCCUGCGCAAGACAAACCCGGUGUCCAAGGUCAGGCUAUACGACGGGUCGACGGCAUGGCUGGUGACCAAGUACCGCGACGUGUGCCGGGUGGCAACGGACCAGCGGUUGUCCAAGGAGCGACGGAGGCCCGGGUUCCCCGAGUUCAGCGACGGCGGUAAGCAGGCUGCCAAGCAGAGGCCGACGUUUGUGGAUAUGGAUCCGCCGGAGCAUACGAGACACCGGAACAUGGUUGAGUCGUGGUUUACCCCUGAAAAGGUCAAGUCGAUGCAGCCGUACAUCGACAAGACAGUCAACGACCUGCUCGACCGGAUGAAGGUUAAGGGAUGCGCAGGCGGGCCCGUUGAUUUUGUGGAGGAGUUUGCGCUGCCUGUACCCUCAUAUAUCAUUUACACCAUCCUCGGUGUGCCAUUCGAGGAUCUCGAGUUUCUGACGGAGCAGAAUGCGAUCCGCACCAAUGGAAGCUCAACCGCGCGAGAGGCGUCUGCAGCGGCCGAUGAACUCCUUCGCUACCUCACAGGACUCGCCAACAAACGCAUGAAGCAACCCGAGAACGACCUGAUCAGCCAGUUGGUGACAGAGCAGGUUGGGAGCGGGAACCUCGAGAUGGCCGAUGCUGUUCAGAUGGCUUUCCUGCUGCUGGUGGCGGGCAAUGCGACCAUGGUGAACAUGAUUGCGCUGGGCGUCGUGACCCUGGCUCUGCAUCCUGAUCAUCAGGCCGACUUGAAGGCCGACCCGGACAAGUGGGCUGCCCCAUUCGUGGAGGAGCUGUGCCGCUACCACACGGCCUCGGCCAUGGCCAUCAAACGCACGGCCAAGGAGGAUGUCGAAAUUGGCGAAAAGCUCAUCAAGGCCCACGAGGGCAUCAUUGCCUCGAACCAGUCGGCGAACCGCGACGAGGACAUCUUCGACAACCCGGAUAAAUUUACUAUGUACCGGACGUGGCCCACAGAGGAGCCCCUGGGGUUCGGUUUUGGUGACCAUCGCUGCAUCGCCGAGCAUCUGGCCAAGGCUGAGUUGACGAGUGUCUUCAGACACCUUUGUGGCCAGUUGCCCAAUAUGAGGCUGGCCACACCAAUAGACGAUCUUGAGUACACGCCUCUAAACAGCGAUGUGGGCAUCGUAAGAAUGCGUAUCUUUUUCUAA